AUGGUUUUGGAACAUUUCGAUGUCACACCGGAGGACUAUGCCGUGGUUUUUACUGCAAAUGCCACACAUGCCCUGCAAAUUGUUGCUGAUUCUUACAUUUUUGAAGAAAAAACAACGUCAACAGUGCAGAUUGGUUCGACUGCAAAGAACACAGGUCCGACAUUCGCCUACCUUCGCGAUUCACAUAAUUCACUCGUUGGAAUGCGAGAAAUUGUCAAAGACAAGAUAAACAGCAUGGAUAAUGGGAUACUGACGUCUAACAGGAGUGGCCUUUUUGCCAUGACCGCAAUGAGCAACUUUUGUGGAAGAAAAUAUGAUCUUGCACUCAUAAAAAUUCUACAGGACAGAGGCUGGUCGGUUUGCUUGGAUGCAGCUUCAUGGGUAUCCACUUCGCACCUUUCUCUGGCAGAGAUUCGACCACAUUUCAUGGCUCUUUCUUUCUAUAAAAUGUUUGAUUCCAUGAACCGCCUCAAAGCCCGUGCUUUUGCUGGCGGUACAGUCAGUCAGAUGUUAGUCGACGAACUACAUUCCGUCAUAAGAAAUAACCAUGAAAGGUACGAACAAGGUACACUAAACUACUACGCUAUUUCUGCGCUAACAAAAGGAUUCGCUGAUUUGAAGAGAUUUGGAGGCAUUCAAACUAUUCAAGAAAAUAAUAUGCGAAUCGCAGCUGCAGCACAUAAAAUGCUCUCACAAAAAGUUCAUUGGAACGGCAAACCAGCUGUAAAAGUAUAUGGAUGGCGAAAUCCAGCUCAACAGGGGCCUAUCGUUACAUUCAAUCUAUUGAGAGACGAUGGAAGUUUUACUGGAUAUUCUGAGGUAGAAAAAAUGGCAAGUCUAUUCGGAAUUGAUCUGAGAACUGGAUGCUUUUGCAAUUCUGGCGCAUGCCAAAUGUAUUUGGAAAUCGGCAACAAUCAACUCCGCCAGUAUUACGAAGAAGGAAAGGAAUGCGGCGAUACAAGGGAUGUUAUAGAUGGUCGUCCAACAGGUGCAGUUAGAGUCUCAUUUGGAAGACAAUCCACAAUUGAGGACGUUCUCAUUUUGGAGCAAAUGAUUGACUACUGCUUCCUCGGAUUUCAACCGUCAACUGUCAUUGAAUACCCAUUGAGCAUAGAACACUAUACUGCUGCAGUAUCUCGCCUCAUUGUGUAUCCUGUCAAAAGCUGUCAAGGAUUCGAUCUAGAAAAAUGUACAUUGACGAGAACUGGUCUCCAGCACGACCGCGAAUUCAUGAUUGAGAGUUGUGGUACAACAUUAACCCAGAAAAGACAACCGAAAAUGUGUAAGAUACAUACAAUGAUAAAUAAAAAAUCACUUGAGUUAUUCGAUGCGGACAAUCCUAGUUGUUCCGUCACAGUACCUCUUCAACCUGAUCAAAUAUCCUUACAAUCCGGGAUUGUUUGUACAUACAAUGUGCAAACGUCUGAAAGUACAAGCGAAUCCUCUUCAUGGCUCACGUCUUUUUUAAAUCUACCUGAGUGUAAGCUGCGCCGAGUACAUCAAGAUUCGAGCAGAAGUUUGUCAAAUGAAGCGCCGUAUCUUGUAGUUAACGAGGCUUCCAUAAAAAUUUUAGCUGAUAUAGUUGAUCUAACGAUAGAGGAAACCGUAGAUCGGUUUCGUCCCAAUAUAGUCAUAAGAGGACUGCCACCAUUUAUUGAAGAUACCGCUAAGCGAAUGUCUAUCGAUGGAUUUAAAUUUGAGAUAAUCAAAAAAUGUACGAGGUGCGAAAUGAUUUGUGUCAAUCCCGAGACUGGUGUGAAGGAACCACAACUUAUUGUAGCUCUGAGAAAUUUCCGUCAACGUGAAAAAAUGACCUUCGGCAUCUAUGUGAAACAAAUUGAAGAGAUACCAGGAGAAAUUCAUAGAGAUUCAAAAGUUCAUUUUGAAUAA